GGCUAGGAAAAGGCGUGGAAAGCGGUUUCUUGUAAAAGAGGUCACCAGGCGAAAAUUUCGAUACCGCCACUCUCCCCCAUUUUCCUAAUAUAAAUCUCUCUAUAUAACCCUCCUAACCCCCACUUCUAUUCAUCCCAUCUCUCUAUCAUACAUAAAUCUCUCUAUAAUCAAUUUUCUUUUAUUUCUCGAAUCAUGUCUUGCUACAAGGGCAAAUAUGCUGAUGAGCUGAUUGCUAAUGCUACUUACAUUGGAACCCCUGGGAAGGGUAUUCUUGCUGCUGAUGAGUCAACUGGCACAAUUGGAAAGCGUCUAUCGAGCAUCAAUGUUGAAAAUGUUGAGUCGAACAGAAGGGCACUUAGAGAGCUUCUCUUCUGCACCCCUGGAUGCCUCCAGUAUCUCAGUGGUGUUAUUCUUUUCGAGGAAACCCUUUACCAGAGUACUGCUGCUGGAAAACCUUUUGUUGAAGUCAUGAAGGAAGCCGGAGUCCUCCCAGGAAUUAAGGUUGACAAGGGCACAGUUGAGCUUGCUGGUACCGAUGGGGAGACCACCACUCAAGGUCUCGAUGGCCUUGCUGCUCGUUGUGCUAAAUACUACGAAGCAGGUGCUAGGUUUGCCAAAUGGCGUGCAGUGCUCAAGAUCGGACCAAAUGAGCCUUCACAGCUAGCAAUUAAUGAGAAUGCAAAUGGUUUGGCCCGAUAUGCCAUUAUCUGCCAGGAGAAUGGCUUGGUACCUAUCGUUGAGCCUGAAAUUCUCGUGGAUGGAGACCAUGAUAUCAACAAGUGUGCUGAUGUAACAGAGCGUGUUCUUGCUGCUUGCUACAAGGCCCUCAAUGAUCACAAGGUCCUUUUAGAAGGAACUCUGUUGAAGCCCAACAUGGUGACACCAGGAUCUGACUCUGCCAAGGUUGCACCUGAGGUGAUUGCUGAGUACACUGUCCGUGCCCUACAGCGCACCAUGCCUCCUGCAGUUCCCGCUGUUGUGUUUUUGUCUGGGGGGCAGAGUGAGGAGCAAGCUACUGUUAACCUCAAUGCCAUGAACAAGCUGAAGGCAAAGAAGCCAUGGAGUCUUUCAUUCUCAUUUGGAAGAGCUCUUCAACAGAGCACUCUCAAGGCUUGGGGAGGAAAGGACGAAAACAUCAAGAAAGCUCAGGAGGCAUUCCUCGCCAGGUGCAAGGCUAACUCAGAGGCAACUCUUGGUACAUACCAGGGUGGUGCUGCUUUUGAGGGGGCUGCUGAGAGCCUUCAUGUCAAGGACUACAAAUACUGAUCAGCUUUUGCCUUUAUAAUUGAUUCCGUUAUGUUUUGUAGAUUAUGUGGCCGUGUGUACAAGAGGUUCCUUUUCAAGACGAUAUAGUCUCUUAGGUUUCUCUUUGAGUUUUCCGUCCAGAUCUAUAGUAUAGGCUGGUUAAUAAGUUAGCAAACCUCUAAAUUCUACGAGGAUGAAUGCUAUUUUAAUGGCUUUCCAGUUAUGUUUUUACCAGUUUUACUGGUAUAACAGUGUUUCAGAUUGAGUAUCUCUAAUAUUGUCAGUCUUUGAAAAUUGGCAGCAGCUCAUUGUUCGCUUUGAGCUUUGUGUUCA